UUCAGACCUGGGGUUAUCAUGUAACACCCCAUGUCACAUGAUUUGACAGAUGCAGGAGAAAAGCCCUCAGCCUGGUUUCAUUGGCUUAAAUAUAGUUCAAGGGAGCAGAUGCAAAGUUGAGAUGAGGAAGUGCUAUACAUAUAGGAAGCAGAAGCUUUUAAAGAUAAUUCUCUGUGAUGUGAAGCUGGUGCCCUCAGCCCUAAUAAAUGAGUGAGCACAAGAGCUGAAGCCCCAGCAAGGCCCUUCUUUUUUCGUGAGUUACGAGAAGGGGAGCCAGGAGCAUCAGGUGCUGGAGGCUGGGAAUUCUAAGAUCAAGAGUCCAGCAGAGCAGACCUGGGUGAGGGUCCCUGGCCGGCAGGUUUGUUAGAUCAAGUGGAUGGAUUGUUAACAGAUCCCAGUUCAUUCAUCAGGUGGUGAUGACAUACCUAAGGGUUGAGCUCUGCUCAUGAUGUGGACGCAGUCGUGAGCCAGAUGGGGUGCUCACCCUCGCGGGGGCCCCUUGGCCUGGCAGGUGAGGCUGGGAGAAGGCGGGGCACUGAAUGAGCCGAAGCCUCAGGGACGUCUUUCCGUGCCCACGUCAGGUUGGUGUCUCUAAGCAGCGUCACCUUCAGUGUGGGCAGAAUAUUUUGGAUCUGGUGAUAUUUCCGGCAGGAAAAUGAACAUGAUUUACAGUCUCUGGACCUAAUACAGAUUGAGAGCUGUGAAUAAUACUGUAGGGAAAACAAACAAACAAGAGCCGACAGUACACAUCCUCAUCUUCACUGCGACACCGUCACACCCGAGACAUGGUGUAGUGAGACGUGCCAGUGGCCUUCCUUGUCCUGGUGAAGACCACACCGUACUGGCUCACCUGAGUCCACCUGAGCCCACCUGAGUCUGGGAGUCAGACAGAGUCCAAACUGAACUGCGGCUGUCCCCAUUGCCUCCUGCGUCCAUUUGUGUACACGCACGUGAACUCUGUGUGCGCCACGUGUGAGGAUGAACCGUUAUACACGCACGUGAACUCCGUGUGCACCUCGUGUUAGGAUGAGCCGUCGUACACACUGACGAACUCCAUAUGUGCCACGUGUGAGGACGAGUCUUAGUACACACAAGUGAACUCUGCACCGUGUGUGAGGACGAGCUGUCGUACACGCUUGUGAACUCCAUGCGUGCCACAUGUGAGGACGAGCUGUCGUACAUGUUUGUGAACUCCGUGUGCGCCAUGUGUGAGGACGAGCUGUCGUACACACUCGUACACGCUCGUGAACUCCAUGUGUGCCACAUGUGAGGAUGAGCCGUCGUACACGUUCGUAAACUCCAGGUGUGCCACGUGUGAGGAUGAGCCGUUGUACUUGUUCGUGAACUCUGUGUGCGCCACGUGUGAGGACGAGCCGUCGUACACACUCGUACACGCUCAUGAACUCUGUGUGCGCCAUGUGUGAGGACGAGCCAGCCAGAUAGAGCUGUUCAUCGCACCAGCUCUCGGGCUCCUGGGGGGCAACACUGGGCACCCCUUGAGCAUGCCCUGGGCAUGUGGAGCUCCUGGGACUGUGCCAGCCACACCAGCCUCGCCGGAGCUUCCUAGAAACAGUUUCGGGGGCGGGUGACAUGCUUUCCAAGAGGCCUGCGCUGGGCAGCGUGGGGAAGCAUGUCGGAGCCGGUGAGGCUCGGCGGCAGCCGGCCAGGGUGCACGGCCGUUUCUCUCUCUUGGAGGCCUCCCAGGCAACCCCUGUUCCGUGGCACGGAGUGCAGCGCACUGGGGAGGCUGCUCGGCCACGGCCGGGUCACUCCCUUGUGGAAUGUUUGCAAGAGCUUCCAGAAUGCCUCCGUCAAUCAGGCCGUCAGGCCGCGACUGCCCUGCUGCUGGGGCUUUAAACGUGAAGGUCAGCAGGGCUGGGACUGACGUGUGCGGACAGUGGGAGUGACCCUGGCCGGGAAGCGGGGGAGGCCUGACAUUGUUUCUCUGCUCUCCUGGCCUGGGCUCCGGGCUUGGAGCACCCGCCAUGGCGUCCCUGAGCAGGGCACGCCGCCCCGCUGUUAUCCCCGAGAAGGAGGAAGUGCCCCAGACGGCCCUGAGCAGCGUCCACCAGGAUAAUGGCAGUGAGGACGAGCGCGCGGUGUCCAGGCUGCAGCGCAGGCACAGUGACAUCAAAGUCUACAAGGAGUUCUGUGACUUCUAUGCGAAAUUCAACAUGGCCAACGCCCUGGCCAAUGCCGCCUGCGAGCGCUGCAAGGGGGGCUUCGCGCCCGCGGAGAAGAUCGUGAACAGCAACGGGGAGCUGUACCACGAGCCCUGCUUCGUGUGCGCCCAGUGCUUCCAGCAGUUUCCCGAGGGCCUCUUCUACGAGUUUGAAGGAAGGAAGUACUGUGAGCACGAUUUCCAGAUGCUCUUUGCUCCUUGCUGCCACCAGUGCGCACAACCCUGGCUGGUGCUGGGGGUCACACCUGCAACCCAGGUACGUGCCCUUGACCGGGAAUUGAACCUGUGAUUCUUCCAUCCAAAGACCGACACUCGAACCACUGAGCCAAAGCGGUCAGGACUAGGUGACUUUUUUGGAAUAUUCAUUUCCCGUUAGUGCGGACUUGACCUGCUUGAUUUGGGGUUUGCCAGAGGGAGACAGAGAUGUCACUGAGGCAUGGCGACACUUGGAGAUUGCCUGUCACCCGGGGGUGGGCUUGCUGGCCCCUCGCUGGCUGGGGACAGUGCCCCAGACGCCUUCAGAGGUUGGAGAAACAGCAGAAUGUUGUCACGGUUGGAUGAAAGAAGAAAUGAAGCUUGGGCUACGAGAAAAUGUACUGUGGAUGUCAGCUCUCUGUGUCGGUGGUGACAUUUCACAGAGCCCGUCACUGGGAAGGGAAAGAGGGAUCUAGAGAUGGGAUGAGACAACCUGAAAUAGCAUUUUCUGAUACAGUGCUUACUGUGGGAGACACGUGUGCAGCAAGUCCCUCUCUGUGGAGAAAGGUUUACAUGUGUCUGUGUCCUGUGAUUUCCCCUUGCGCUCUGAGCCGUGAAAUGCCACGCUGGGGCC